AUGGAGAGACAAGAAAGACUGAAGAUAGUAGAAAUGGAAAGACGAGAAAGACGGGAAGAAAUGGAGAGAAGGGAAAGACUGGAGAGAGAGGAAGGACAAGAGAGGCUAGAGAAAGAGAAAUUGGCAUUUCAGCAUGAAAUGGAAAUGAAAAAGUUAGAGGUACAAAUGCAAUUAGGAUUAGUCUCGGGUAGUGAAAAGCAUGGUGAAAAUUUUGAUGUUACAAAACAUAUUAGGCUAGUUCCUCCUUUUCAAGAAACAAAUUUAGAAAAAUACUUUCUACAUUUUGAAAAGGUAGAGGAAAGUCUUAAGUGGCCUAAGGAGUAUUGGGCAAUGUUAUUGCAGAGUGUGUUACUAGGUAAGGCUCGAGAAAUUUACACGCAGUUAACUGUAGAGCAAGCUUCGAAUUAUGAUACUGUUAAAGAGCUUAUUCGUAAGGGGUACGAAUUAGUUCUUGAAGCUUACCGUAAAAAGUUCAGAAAAUGUCUAAGAAUGAGUAAUCAAACUUAUAUAGAAUUUGCUAGAACUAAGGAACAGUUAUUUGAUCGUUGGUGUUCUUUACAGAAAGUAGAUAAAGAUCAUGAUAGAUUAAGGCAAGUGGUUUUAAUUGAGGAGUUUAAGAGGUGCAUUCACAGUGAUGUCCGCACUUUUAUUAAUGAACAAAAAGCCGAAACGUUGGAGGAAGCCGCACGAUUGGCAGAUGAUUACUCCUUAACCCACAAGUUUGUCUUCGAGGAAAAACCCAGCGGGUUCACGUCUUCUCAAGGCCAGAACUUGCCAACCGCGUUGAGAAACCCUCAGAAGGAGAACCCAAACCAAAGGCAGACGUAUCGUAGCAGUUCGCGCCCGAGUUCCACGUCAUUUAUCCAGAACAAGCCGGAGGUGGCAAGAAAACCUUUUAAGUCGAUAACGUGUUAUUACUGCAGGAGAGAGGGACAUUUGAUGUCAGAAUGUCCUGAAAAGCUGAAAACGAGAAGACAACAAGGUCAUCCAGAUUCCAAGCCUACUGGUUUUAUUGCUGCCUCACGUCUGACACCUGUGACAAGAGAAGAUUUCAAAAUGGGAAUUCCUGAAGAAGAACCCUUUUGCCAAGAAGUCAGUUCCACUCGAAGACAUGUUAUGGAGAUGUUUGAGCCCUUUAUUCACGAAGGUUCAGUGGCGCUCUCCAGUGAUCUGUCUGAUGCAGUCUCAGUUAAAAUUCUUCGAGAUACUGGAGCUUCUCAGUCUCUGCUAUUGGCGGAAACCUUGCCCUUUUCUGAGAAGUCAUCUACCGGAGCAAGCGUCCUCUUUAAAGGAGUGAACUCCUUUGAAUACUCGCCAGUACCACCGCACACUGUUUACUUGUCAUCAAAUCUGGUGUCUGGUCCUGUUAACGUCGGACUUGGGUCCUCGUUACCUUUCGAGGGAAUUCAACUUCUUCUCGGAAGUGAUUUGGCUGGGGAUAAAGUGGUCAUGAAUCCUAUUGUGACCGACGUGCCUUGUGUAGAGCAGCUGCCUGACCCAGUAGAGAAAGAGAUUCCAGAUUUGUAUCCUGCGUGCGCUGUAACCCGUGCUAUGAAUAAGAAGAAAUUAAGUGAUGAAGAUAAAGUUGUUGAUAUAGCAUCAUCAGCCAAGUUUUCGAAGGAGCUGUCCCAAAGAAUGUGUCGAGAACAAAGUCAUUAG